CCAUUAAAGGACAUACAGCUCUCAACAAUGGGAGUGCAUACCGAAGGACAUACAGCUCUCAACGGUAUGGCCUAUCAUCAGGACUUAGGGAGAUUGCCACACAAGGGCACCGUCGAAGGACAUACAGCUCUCAACAACGGGGACAACCGUUCGAAGGGCAUACAGCUCUCAACGAAG